UCUCACUAGUCAAAAUUAUUUCUCAAAAGAUUUCUUGCCCAACUUGAUAGUCUGCAACCCCUUGUUCUUGCCACUAAUAACAGAACAUGAAAGUUGCAGAGCUCACACUUCUCUCUAAUGGCGCUUCUUAGACUCCUUUCUCUCUUUUCCAUCUUCUCCACCAUCUUCACUGCUGCAUUUCCAGAGGUUAAGGUACAACAAGCAAGAGAUGAACCUUAUGUGGGAGUUAACAUAGGUACAGAUAUAUCGAACUUGCUUCCCCCUGCACAAUUAGUUUCAUUCCUGCAACAACAAAAGGUAACCCAUAUCCGUCUUUAUGAUGCUGACCCGGAUAUUCUAAAAGCCCUAUCGAAAACCAAGAUUCGGGUCGUCAUUUCGGUACCCAAUAACCAAAUUCUUGGUAUUGGGUCAUCCAACACCACUGCAGCCAACUGGAUUAACCGGAAUGUGGUAGCUUAUUACCCGGAUACCCUCAUCACCGCUGUGGCGGUUGGCGAUGAGGUGUUAACAACGGUCCCUUCGUUGUCUUCCAUGUUAAUGCCAGCUAUUGAAGCACUUUACAGUGCUUUAGUGGCUUCCAAUUUGCAUACCCAGAUCAAGAUUUCGACUCCACAUGCUUCGAAUAUUAUUCUUGACCCAUUCCCACCUUCUCAAGCUUAUUUCAAUGAAACCCUUGCCCCUGUUAUAGUGCAACUACUUCAGUUUCUUUCAAGGACGGGUUCACCACUAAUGAUGAAUUUGUAUCCCUACUAUGUCUUUAUGCAGAACAAAGGGGUCGUCCCUCUCGAUAAUUCGUUGUUUAAGCCAUUAACACCUUCAAAAGAAAUGGUGGAUCCAAAUACUUUGUUGCAUUAUACCAAUGUUCUUGAUGCUAUGAUUGAUUCAGUUUAUUCUUCAAUGAAGAAUCUGAAUGUUUCUGAUGUUUUAGUACUUGUUACCGAAACCGGUUGGCCUUCAAAAGGCGACGCAAAAGAGCCAUAUGCAACGAUCGAUAAUGCCGAUACAUAUAACUCUAAUUUGAUUAAGCAUAUUUUCGAUAGAAGUGGAACCCCAUUUCAUCCUGAGGUGACCUCUAGUGUUUACAUAUAUGAAUUGUUCAAUGAAGAUUUGAGGUCAUCCCCGGUUUCUGAGGCGCAUUGGGGGUUGUUUUAUGCGAAUUCAACUCCGGUUUACUUGCUUCAUGUAUCGGGGAGCGGUGAAUUUCUGGCAAAUGAUACUACAAAUCAAACAUUUUGUGUUGCAAUGGAUGGUGUUGAUGGUAAAACAUUGCAAACGGCUUUGGAUUGGGCUUGUGGGCCUGGAAGAGCAAAUUGUUCGGAGAUUCAACCGGGGGAAAGCUGUUAUUCGCCGAAUAAUGUAAAGAAUCAUGCUUCUUAUGCAUUUGAUAGUUACUAUGAGAAACAAGGAAGAGCUGGAGGGUCCUGUGAUUUCAAAGGUGUGGCCAUUAUCACCACUACUGAUCCAAGUCACGGGGCAUGUGUGUUUCCAGGAAGUAAGAUAAUAAGCAAUAGAACAGACGCGGUGGUGAACUCGACCAAUGCAACAAGCGAGGCGGAUACAUCAAGAUUCAUUGGAACAAGGCCUUAUAAGGACGGUUUUUGGGGACUCGUUCUUGGUAUCAUGCUCUAUUUAAACAUUUUGUGACCUCAGUGUAGUUGUCGGUUUCUUGAAGGCGAAGAUGGAGCGGAGCCUAUGAUUAUUUUUUGGUAUGGAUUAAAUGUUUGUAUAAUGGUGUAUUUAGUAUUUAAGGUAAUUCAUGGGGAAAAAGCAGGAAAGAAUGUGGACAUAAGUGACCAUGGGCGGAUCUAAGGGGGGUGUCAACACUCCUCUAAAGAUGGUUGGUGUUGAACCUCAGUUUUUCUUAAUAAGAAAGAGUGUUAAUUUUGUAGCCCAAUAA